GAGCCGUACAAUCUUGCGUCCCUAGUAUCAAAAAGAGAUGUUAGCUAGCAACGAGAAGAAGGGCGUUAGUAAAACUUUUUAUGCAAAUAUUGUUAGUUGGCUCGCAAUAGCUUUUUAUUUUUAUUUUUAAGACCACACAGAUAUGGCUACGAGCAACCCAUCGGUGUUUCUUCUCAUGAUCAACGGGCAAAUAGAAGAAGCUAACUUUCCAGAACACGAUGACCUGUACUGCAAGUUUUGUUUUGUUUACGGACAUGACUGGGCUCCAACUUCGGGCUUGGAGGAGGGCAUUUCACAGAUCUCAUCCAAGGGUCGAGGCUCUGUGCAAAGCAUUGUGUGGAAUUUCCCCCUGGACAUCACCUUUAAGAGCACAAACCCCUUCGGCUGGCCACAAAUAGUGGUGUGUGUGUACGGUGCGGACACCUUUGGGAAUGACGUAGUACGAGGCUAUGGUGCCGUUCACAUUCCCUUCACCCCUGGAAAGCACAAGAGAACGAUUCCCAUGUUUGUUCCUGAAUCCACUUCAAGGCUACAGAAAUUCACAAGCUGGCUGAUGGGAAGGCGACCAGAGUUCACAGAUCCAAAGGUUGUUGCCCAGGGCGAAGGAAGGGAAGUCACCAGGGUGCGAUCUCAAGGCUUCGUCACGCUCUCUUUCAACAUUGUGACCAAGGACAUGAAGAAGCUGGGCUACGAUACCUCAUCAUCAGAGGCACAGCAACCCUCAGGCGUCCUCACAGAGCAGACCUACACUCUAUGAUCAUUACCACCAGCGCCAGUCCUCCCCUGACAGGCUGUCUCUGCAUUUCACGUGUGUUUAUGGAAAAGGCUCGCAAGUACUGGAACAAGUCUUGGUUAUAAACAAUACUUGGUCUACAGACAGACUAACGGCAGUUUGUACACAAUUGAAAAUAUAAAUAUGCUUGUACCUUUAUUGUAGGUAAGAAUACAUCAUUUUUGAUAUUUAUUACAAUUAAAUUACUCUUCUUUCCUAAA